UUCUUACCCAAUCCCUUCCCCCUUUCAUUGGGAACUUCAAUUCAAUUUCCAUUACCCAACAACACACACAUACAUAAGUCACAAACACCACAUUAGAGAGAGAGCAAAACCGUGAAAAAAACCAGAGAGAAGAAACAAGAGAAACCAAAACAAAUCAAACAAACAAUGUCCGGUGUGUGGGUAUUCGACAAGAAAGGCGUAGUGAGGCUCAUAACCAACCCAACAAGAGAAUCAUUCGAGAUGAAACCAGAGCAACCUCAUCCAGGAACAGCCACUGCCACAGCACCAGGUGCAAGACCGAGAGUUCUUGUCUACCUUCCAACAAACCAAGUCAUUACUUCCUUCUCUCAACUCGAACAACGACUCAAUGAACUCGGUUGGACUCGCUACUACUCUAACUCACAUCAUCACCAUCAUCAUCAAUGUCCUAAUAACGACAUCAUCCAGUUUCAUCGUUCAGAUGCUUCUAAUUAUCUUCUGUCUCUCCCUAGAAACUUCUCUAGUUUUAAGCAUUUUCAUAUGUACGAUGUUGUUAUUCAGAAUCGUUCUUUCUUUCAAGUUCGUGACCCCACUUCUUAGAUACAGUUUAGUACUAGGUACUAAAUCUACCUUAAUAUAUACACAUUUUACAUGCAUUGUAGUAUCGUUUUCAUGAUCUAGGAGUAAUGUUAUGGAUCACAUAUUUUGUUCUUGUUUAACCCUUGU